AUGAGCGACCAUGAAGACCUCGUCGACUACGGACUCGAGGACGAAAGCCCCGACCAGGACAUGGAAAGUGUUAGCGGGAUGGCAGAGCAGGUCUCUACCUCGACCAUCGGGACGAUAGCUCUUCCGACGGAAACGGAAGUGCUCCUCGCCGAGCGUGUUGCGGAACUGGAGCGCGAGAGGGAUGCGCUUACCGCAAGGGUGAAGGAGCUCGAACGACCAAACAGCAGUGCCGGCGAUGAAAAUGCUCCGAUAUCGAUCCCGCCAGCGCUGGUGCCAGUCCUCGCCCUGCUCAGGCAGCACAUUCGCGAGUUGACGAGGGAGAACUCCGCACUACGAUACACAUUCCUCGGGUCACAUACACCAGCCCGCCAAGAGGUCAUCUCCCUCAGUGUAGGCGCAACGCCGCCGACGACGGGCGAUGUGUCACCUGCGACUCCCCUCGAACCGAUGUCUGCUGGGCGGACCCCUCUAAUGGACCACAAGGCUGUGUCGACUGCGCCCGACGUCGACCUCGAGGCGGUCUUGACCCGCGUGAAGACGCUCAUGCUGGAGAACGAGGAGCUGGGCGACCUCGUCGCUGAGACGGGUCAGGCGAGCAGCGACGAGUGGCUCAAGGCGCUCGAGGACUCGCGGGCCGUCAUUGCCUCUCUGGAUUCCGAUCUGAACGAGAACCUCACUGUUGUCGAGAAGCUCCGCGCAGAGCUGGACGGUUACAAGGCGCGGUUCGGGUCUCUGGACGCUCAUGGUCAUCCCCACGGACAAGGACAAUCCCAAUCUCACGGACAAUCACACCAUGACGGAAGACAGCGUGGGGGGCGUGGUGGGGGCGGCGCCCGCGACGUCGACAGGAGGAACAACGGCCGUCGCGACGGCCGCGACGGGUAUCGGCCUAACCACGACGAUACUCACGCUCGCGAUACCCGUGAUGGUGGGCGUGAAAGGAACGAUCGGAACGACCGGAACGACCGCGGCGACAGAGACCGUGGGCAGGCGCGAGACGGUCGCGAUGGGCAGGGGCGUGAUGGGCAUCGGGACGGGCGGGACGGUCCGACGGCGAACCACCGCGGUGGCGAUCGGGGAGACCGGAGCGACCGCGGAGAACGCAGCGACCGCAGCGACAGGAGGUGGAAGGACGGGCCGAAUGCGAACCACCGCGGCGGGGGCGACGCCGGACUGCAGAUCCUUGGCCGCGCGACCCAGGAUGCCAAGGACGACAGGGCUUAUAAGCGGAGGCGAUAG